UGCCUGGAAGUGCUGACAGAUCAAGGCAACAAAUUUCAAUUCCAAGCCCUAAUUUGUGUCCGCAGAGCGUUUGUUACCCAUGUCAGAGCUGUUCGGCCCCUCAGACGAGGCAGAGCUUGCGGGAGGAGAAGGAGGAGGAGGGGAGGACGAGAAGCCCCGCUUUGGCAUACCGGGAUCGUCUGGGCUUGCAAAGGGAAGAGGAGGAGGGGGGAACGCUCGGCGACCCACUUCAGGCUGUUAGAAGGUGGAUGCAAAAGGAGCGGCGAAGCCAAGCGAAGGCGAGCGGCCGCGGCCUGGAAGAGCAAAGCAGCCGGCGGGGGCGAGAGAGAGAGAGAGAGAAGACGGGAGGGUUCCAGUUGGCCGCUCCGACAUGGCAGAGAAGCGGAGAGCCUCGCCUUGCACCGUGCUGAGCCUCAAGGCUCACGCGUUCUCGGUGGAGGCGUUGAUCGGAGCCGAGAAGCAACAGCCGCCGCCGCAGAAGCGACGAAAGCUGGCUGGAGCCAACGAGGAAGAGACGCCGUCCGAAGGUAGCGGCGGCGUCGGCCACGGGAAUAGCUGCGACACGGACUCCGGCGAAGGCGCCGGACAGAGCGCUUCUUCGCCCUCCGGCGCUGAGAUCUGCUCGGCCUCGCCUGAAGUAGCGAAGAACUGUGGCGCCCGGGAGGUACCUCCCGGUGGGAGUGAAGAAAGUUUCUUAAACGGUACGUCGCCCCCUCUGACUCCCGCAGGCCCGGCCAAGGCUGCCUCGCCUUUACUUGCCCCGCAAGUGCCUCGGGUGGACCUGCAAGGCGCGGAGCUCUGGAAACGUUUCCACGAGAUCGGCACCGAGAUGAUUAUUACCAAGGCGGGAAGACGGAUGUUUCCUGCAAUGCGAGUGAAAAUUUCAGGCCUAGAUCCUCAUCAGCAGUAUUACAUUGCUAUGGAUAUUGUCCCUGUAGACAACAAAAGAUACAGGUAUGUUUAUCAUAGUUCCAAAUGGAUGGUAGCUGGAAAUGCUGACUCACCUGUGCCUGCUCGUGUGUAUAUUCAUCCGGAUUCACCUGCCUCAGGAGAGACUUGGAUGCGGCAAGUGAUUAGCUUUGACAAACUCAAGCUUACAAACAAUGAACUGGAUGACCAGGGUCAUAUAAUUCUUCAUUCUAUGCACAAAUACCAGCCACGUGUCCAUGUCAUUCGAAAAGACUGUGGAGAUGAUCUCUCCCCAGUCAAACCCAUUCCUUCUGGUGAUGGAGUGAAGGCAUUCACUUUUCCCGAAACUGUUUUCACUACUGUCACAGCAUACCAGAACCAACAGAUCACCAGACUCAAGAUUGAUAGAAAUCCUUUUGCAAAAGGAUUUAGAGAUUCAGGGCGCAACAGGAUGGGACUGGAAGCUUUAGUAGAAUCUUAUGCAUUCUGGAGACCUUCACUGAGAACACUUACAUUUGAAGAUAUACCUGGGAUUGCAAAACAAGGAAACACUGGUUCUUCCAGUUUGCUCCAGGGAUCUGCCAGUGGGGUACCAUCUACUCAUCCACAUCUCCUUCCUGGGUCACCUUGUUCUUCUCCUGCUUUUCACCUCACUCCCAAUACUAGCCAGUUCUGCAGCCUUGCUUCAGCUGACUAUACAGCCUGUGCUCGCUCAGGUCUAACCCUUAACAGGUACAGUACUUCCUUGACUGAAACCUACAACAGGCUUGCAAAUCAAACCAGCGAGACCUUUGCAACCCCAGCAACUCCCUCUUACGUUGGCGUAUCAAAUGGCUCAGCAGUGAAUAUGCCUGUGGCAGGUAGUGACGGUGAUGCAUUCAGUUGUCCGCAGGCAGGAUUAUCAAUGCAAAUUUCAGGGAUGUCGCCACAACUCCAGUACAUUAUACCUCCUCCAUCUGGCAAUGCCUUUCCGGCAAAUCAGACCCAUCCGAACUCUUACAACACUUUCAGGCUGCAUAGUCCUUGUGCUCUGUAUGGAUACAACUUCUCCACCUCCCCCAAACUGGCUGCAAGUCCUGAGAAAAUUGUUUCUUCCCAAGGAACUUUCUUGGGGUCAUCACCAAGUGGAACCAUGACUGAUCGACAGAUGUUGCCCCCUGUAGAAGGAGUGCACUUACUUAGCAGUGGGGGGCAGCAAAAUUUCUUUGACUCUAGGACCCUAGGAAGCUUAACACUGUCAUCAUCUCAAGUAUCUGCACAUAUGGUUUGAUAAAUACUUCUAAAUAAAAGUACAGUGCAUUUCUUUUUACAAUGUACCCUCCCCCCUUUUUUGGAAUAAUGACAAUGGAAUAAGGUAAUUAAUAUGACUUGUAAGGUAAUUGUAUGAAUAACAACAAAGAAAAUUAGAUUGAAUCUUUUUAUUUCCUUGUAGGCAAACAUUUGGACAGAUUCUGGCAUCUGAGUUAAUCUGAUUUAGUUAUCAGAAUAGUCCAUUUAGUUUCUGAGUAGCAUGCACUUCAUUUUAUAACACGUUUGGCCAUAUGCAACAAAUUAAGCAGGACUUCCUCCAACACUCUUUCCCACGUUUUUCCUUCUUUAAGGAACAAAACAACACAACUCUGAUGUAGAUGAAACAAAAAAAACUUCACCAUGUAUAUGUUGUACUUGUGUAUUAUAUGUUUGUGUACAAACUAUUCUGAAUACAGUGAGCCAGUGCCAUAAUGUGUACAUUACUUCUCUGUUGUAAGAGAGAUAACCAAUGUGUGCCUUCAUUAGACUUAAUGUAGACAUCUAGCUGCAUCAUGCUUUCAAACAAAGAGACAGGAUCAUUUUCUUUCUCAGCUUUUAUGAUGUACCAGUUGAUUCUGUGCUGUGCUCUUGUCCUUAUGAUGCAUUGCUAACAUAGGACUAUCUGCUGGCUUUGCAUCAAAUUGCAGAUGUAGUGGUGACAAGCUAAAUUAUAGAGUGAAAAGGGCAAUAUGUAAUGUUUUGUACAAAAUAAAUUUAAAGGAGACUUAUUCCAUGUGAACAGAGUAUAAAGGUUUUCUAUAUAGAUUUUCUAUUUGUUAAUUAUUGAACCCAGUACUACAAACACAGCAAGGCAAGACUUCUAAACUUUUCUAUCUCUUGUUGAGGAUAAUGUUUCAAGAUGAUAAGGCAGUGGAUAUAUUUUGCAAAAAAAUUUCUCACAUACUUUUCUCCCAGUAUAAGUGAUUAGACUUGAAUGCUAACUUCUUUUGAAUUUAACAAAACCAAAACAUGGUGUUUAGUAAUUGUUGACCAUCUGAACUUUAUUCCAGUUACAACAUCUUGCGCUGAUUUAAUAAGCUGUUUCCAAAUUUUGACUGGGAUAUUAAAAUCAACUAUAAUACAAAAAGCUGCACACCUCAGUAGAUUUGGUAGUUCCUAAAAAUUAUGUACAUGACCUUUGAAAUUACAAUAUUGUGAAGCAAAGUAACUGCAACAUGUCCAUUUUUUCACCAUUGUUAUGGCUAACAGUUCUUCCAUUCACCAAUCUCUCAACAUUUUUAUAUUAAGAGUAUGUCCUAGAGAUUUAAUUCCAAAAACAUUCUUCAGGAUGUGUAAGUGGCAUGUAGUAAAUGUAUAUUUCAGCAGCUAUUUAAAGUAUCUGUAUCUUUUUCUAGGACCAUACAGUUGCUAUCUGAUCCCAGGAAGAGAUGUAGUUCCUUUAAAUUGUUGCAGACAGGCUUAGUUCGUGCCCCUAUGUGUUCGGAAGCACUUUUUGAAAUUAAAUUUAAAACUUUGCCCAGCACUAAUCUUUCUUCUCCUUCAGUGUGCAAAUUCUUAAGACUUUUAUCCCAAAAUAUAAAUUUGUUGGAUUAAAUUAGAUUGGAUUGUAUAAACACACUUUGUUUUAUUUUUUUCUGAAAUAUUUAUUUGAAUGAUUAUAAUUGUUAAUAAAAUAAAAGACCAGAGUACAGAUAUUCCAAAAAGCAAUCCUUACAAUUUUGGAGAAAAUCAAGGGAAAAUUCAAAAGUAUUAUGCUAUUUGUUUACCAGUAUACUAUACACGGAUCAAGGAGACCUGAUCUGGGCCAAUAGGUACAAUGACUGGCCAUUUGUAUCAGCUCUCCAAUAUUUCAGAUUGUACUUAUAAGAAAAAUAAAGGCUCUUUGUCUUAGUUAUCAA